AUGGUGAGUAUCUCUAGCUCUACCUCAAUCCUGAUAUCUUUCCGAGAACUUGCUAAUCCAAAAUACCGUGCACAGGCACAGACACCUCAACAGCGACGUGCGAACGACCGGUUCGCAAAGCACGAGGCCGCCAAACGAGGGAAAGGGCCGGUAACCACAAAACCCAAACAAACCACAAAGACCCCCAUCUCGGCGAGCUGGUUAGUGAUUCUGGCCUUUGUCGUCUGUGGUGGACUUAUCUUGGAGCUCCUCAAGGUUGUCCCCGAGAUCUGGUCAAUCGUGGCCUCAACCAUAUCUCGCGUCACUGGUUAG